GAGUGCACUCUGGGGUACUACCAUGAAGCUGUGUGUUCCAGGUGAAAGGCUCUGCAGCACGGAGGACUGUAUUCCCGGGACCGGCACGGAUCCGCGGCACGGAUACAUCUUCGCUACGCUCGCGGGAUACGUGUUGAGAAAGAACGAGGGCGAGGAGCUCCCGGUGAUUUCAGUCGUCAGGGAGACAGAAGCACAACUCUUGCCUGACGUCGGUGCCAUCGUCACCUGCAAGGUGACGAGUAUCAACCCACGCUUUGCUAAAGUCCACAUCUUGUAUGUGGGGUCAACGCCGCUAAAAGACCGGUUCAGAGGCACUAUCAGAAGAGAAGACGUGAGAGCGACGGAGAAAGAUAAGGUGGAGACGUACAAAAGCUUCAGGCCGGGAGACAUUGUCCUUGCAAAAGUGAUCUCUUUGGGUGACGUGCAGUCGAACUACCUGCUGACCACGGCGGAGAACGAGCUGGGCGUCGUCGUGGCCCACAGCGAGGCGGGGGCUCAGAUGGUGCCCAUCAGCUGGUGUGAGAUGCAGUGUCCUCGCACGCACGCCAAAGAGUUUCGCAAGGUCGCGCGGGUACAGCCGGAGUACCUGCAGGCCUAAGCCACGCCCACAGGAACCCUAGACCACACCCACUGGAACACACAGCUUCAAAGACACGCCCCCUUCUCUCACGGAACUCUCGUGUAUGUUCGGAAUUCUAGGUGUGACUCUCGAUGAUUUAAAUCUCCUGUCACAUUCCACACUGCCUGUGAAUGCCAAGAACCCGUCGACAGCCGAUCACAUGACCCUAAUCUGAGUGUCCUUGCAUUACUAAGCAGUAUUCUGGCAUUCAUGACGCUCUAGGUGCGGCGACACACUUGGAUUGUGAUAUCACAUAUUCAGAUGCUUUUGGAAGCUCUGAAACAUGAGCGGGAAUGUCAUAUUAUUGAGCUUCUUUAAACAUUGAGGAAAUUAUGAGUGAAUCUGAAGUAAACAAAGUUGCUGGGUCACAUUUUAAGUGCAAAUCAAAAAGAAGAAAAAUUAUUUUUUUUGCGUAAGGUAAACCAGCAGACGCCUGUUUUUUAUUUUUUGUGUUGCAAUUUGUUUUAUUUUCUUGACAAUAAAGCAUGUUUAGCUGCAAUUUUUCAUUACUGUAAUGCAUCUGAAAGUUUUGCUUUAUUUUUGUAAUUCAUUUAAUUCUCAAAAAUAAUUCUCAUUAUUGCAAGUACUUUUUACGUCAGCACUGAUUGAAGAUAGUACAACAAAUAUUACAUUAUGUAGACAUACUGUAUAUAUAGAGAAAGAGAGACUUCAAUUAAAUUUUAUGGUAAUGAGAAUUGUGUUAUGAAAUGUGCUUCAAGAAAAUCUCACAAUGCAGAAACCUUAAUGCAAUAUAUAUUUUUUUCCUUUUUAAUUGUGGUUAAAAUAUGACCUUGAUGUUCUUGAGAGGUUUUUGUGAGAUUCACUCUUUUAGCUUCAUGUUUAUUAAACCAAAUUGCCUAGGAUUAAAGGUUAGUGUUGAGUUUAUCAUUGGCCAAAUCUGUUAAUCUUUCUGCAGAUCUGCAGAGUGAAUGCUGACAGAAAUCAAGAACAUACACUAUGGAAGUAUGUUCUUUAUCUCAUCCGGGCCAUUUGAUUAAAAGUUUGAUGAAAAGCAACAGUAGAGAACUGGAACUGCGCUAUUGUCACGAUCUCAGUCUCUGCAACAGAUUUGUCAGUCUUUCACAACGGGAUUUGAAGUUUAUAGAGCAUUAGCAUUAGGCAACACUUUUUUCUAACUCUUAAAAACACAUGAACCACAGACAUAGUCACCCAUGGAUGAAUUUACUUUUAUCUCUGGCUGCUUUUAUUCAGAUUAUCUGGAAAUGCCUUAUCUGAUACCUUUUCCUUAUUCUGUCCUUUUUAGAGGUCAUGUGUUUAAAAAGAAGAAGAAAAAUAAAGUUUAACAACAUGAGCUCAA